AUGGAAGAGAUAUAUCAGAAGCCAUUGCCACUGAGCGCCCCUGAAGAAAACUACCAAUGGUGUCCCACCAUUUAUCUUAUCUCAGGAAUAUCAGCAAACCGCCUGCAAUUGAGUGUUUUUCGUGUGAAUUCCCAAAAAGUCUGGUCAGUGAGCUUGAAGAGUGAAAUUAUCUGUCAAUGUUGGCGACCGGAUGGCAAGAUCAUUGCAGUCAGUUUAAAAGAUGGUUCAAUAAGACUUUAUGAUGGAAAUAUGGGAACGCUAAUGUAUGUCAUUGAGUCUGCAAAUAACACAGGCGGGCCAACUGCCUCAUUUUUGAGUUGGCCUAAUGUCAAACAGAUAAAGUCCCAAAGUUCCGAAGACUCGGAACCAACUCUUCAAGAAAAAUUGGAGAAGUUUUUUGACUUUAACCUGGCAAAAGGGUUGCCAAAAUUAACCCCAUUGAAUAACACAGACACCGUCUUCAUGAAUAAAUCGUUACAAGAUGAAGAUAAGUACUUAACGCAAGAUAACACACUGAAUUAUUUGUUGACCAAUUACAAUAACGUCAUCUCCCUUAGUCUAUUAGGGUUCUUUCAAAUUGCAAGCUUGGUCAAGUUUGACUCCAAUGACGUUAUCCUGCAUCAUUUCGAAUCGGAUGACCUUUCAACUCUCUACUUCUUAUACAAUAGAGAUGGGAGUACCCUGCUCAAGCAGAUUAGUUUGAACUUUUUGAAGCAAAGAGAUAUUGUUAAUUUGGGACUGAGCUACAGCAAGAUCAACUCGUUGAUCGAAUAUGUUAAUCAAGUAUUAAAGCAAUUGCAUCAUGAAACUAAGCCAUACCUAGAUUUUAACCAUAAGUUAUUAGAUCUUUUGAAAGAAGAAAUUAUCUCUUCGGAAGGCGACGAAACUGGUAUUUCCUUGUUGUACGGUUUGUUAUUGACAGGAAUUAUGCAUCCCUGUCUGAAAACUUGGAUUACUGAUUAUUUAGGAGACAAAAACAUCAGAAGGUGGAUCAAACUGGCAGUAAAUUGUUACGAAGGGAAUAAGAAGUCUCUCUUCAGUCAUCUGCUACCAUGUCUAGAAAGAAUAAUUGUUAUGCUAGACGAAUUAAAGGGAUCAACAACCCCACUGACGAAACAACAGCUUCAAAAGUUACUUUCUGGCUGCACGGAUCUACUACAGAAGACUUAUCUAUUCAUAUGGAAGAUCAAUCAUGAGCAAAGACUAUUUAAGUAUUUCAUCGAAUGGUUAGAUUACGUCCUGCUAGAAUAUACGACUGAUGAUACACCAGAUAUGGAAAUUAAAACCAAGGAGGUGACUGAAUUUCUUACAAACCAUUUAACAAGUUCCGUCAUGCAUGCAUUUUUGGAUGACUUGUCUUCGCUUCAAAAUACCAUCAGGAUAGACAUGAACACAAUUACGGCUAGUUUUGUUGAAGAACUUAAAGUAAAAACAGACUCCAAAGACUUCCCUCUAAGCAUCACGUUACCUUCUUCAACAUUGUAUUCUACUAAUGAUUCUGAAACGCACAAUAAUCUGAAAACUAUCGUCUUAACAAACACCCCAGACGCACUGGAAUUGAUUUCCAUUAAUUUGAUCACUGCCGAUGUGCAACAUCGUCAUUUUUCGUUUCCUAUGUCCGUUAUAUCUUACAUGCAUUACUCUGAAAACUCAACUUUCAUAUUGGCAUCCGAUGGCCAAGCUACUGAGUUCUUGAAAUUAACCUCAAUUGAAAGCAGCCCUAUUCAACUGAGCAGAUUUAGCGGGGACGAAUUUAUUCCAACAUCAUUCAAGAUGACGCACAAAAAUGAAGCAGGGUUCCUGAUAGACUCAAAUCGCAAGAAGUAUCUAUAUUUCAAGCUAAAAUGA